UAUACUAAUCUAGUAAGUAGUAACUAUAGUUUAGUAGUCACAACAGAACAGGCUUGCUAGUAGUUACUGCUUGCUAUUUACUUGUACUUAGCAGUUAAUUGUAUAGGUAUUGUUAAACGUUGUAAGGUUAAUUAUAAUCGACCGGAGGCAUCCUCUUACUUUGUAUCAAAUAUUGUAGUUUUCGAAAAUUGGAUGUCUUAGUUAUUCAUAAUCUUUUCUCAUUGUUCUAUUUGUAAUAAUAUAAUAAGAGUGUGGCCAGUUUUGGUUUUAAUUUCGUCUCAGUAAAUGUGGUUUAAAAAUUAUUCAAUCGACAAUUCAGUAACUCUUUGAAUACUCCUUCUACAUACAAGUAUUGGAUAUAGUAUACAGAAUACACAUUUUCAAAUAAAGUGUCAUAACCGUGAUAUCAAAUUGCUUGACCAAUGGCGGACUCAAGAUGCUGUUUCGGGUGUUCGAACGUGCGCAAGGGAGCGUGGGUGAUAUCAAUUUUUGACAUGUUAAUUUGUAUAAUACUCACGAUACGAGCUAUUUCUACGCUAAGCAUCACACCAUAUUCGCAUUCAUUCAAAGUAAAAUCGAAUUCUCAGUAUGAUGACUCAAUUUCCUAUGAUCACCGUUCUCAACUAUUGGAAAAAGAUUUCAACCUAUUUAGCCAAUUAUUUAUUAUUUUUUUAUUUUUUUAUGUGAACUUGAAUCUAAAGAAAGCAACUUUUAUACGUAAUGCUCAAAGUAUUAAUCAGUGGUUGGUGAUAAACUUAAUAUUUUUUGUAUUCUUUGCUCUCUUUAUUGGUUUUACUGCAAUCAAAAAUGCAUCACCAGAUAUAAUUCCUAUUGGAGUCCCUGUAAGCAUUGUUGUAGUGUACCAGAUUUAUGUGGUGAAAUGUUUUUACGAUGAUGAAAUAAAUUUCAUACCUCCACCUACAUUGCAUGCCACACCGUAUGUGACCAUAACCAGUCAGACUUUGCAGAACCCAGUUUAUCCCGUGCAAGCUGGACCUUACGUUAUUCAACAAGUACAUCAACCUAUUACACAAACUCCUUAUCCUCAGCAAACGUACCAGUAUCAGCCACAACAGCAAACUCCUUCUCAGUCUCAUGUGGCUAUGCCUAUACCAAGCCAACAAAGCAUCCAGGAGUAUUGUAACCCACCACCAUAUUCGCCAAGUUAUAAUACUCAAGAAGGUCCUUCAGCCAAACAAUAAUUGUAUAUUCAAAUUAUUCAAUUUAUUAUCUUAUACAAUUAAUACUUUUUUUUUAUUAUUUUGAUAUAAAAUACAUACAUUUCUGAUUAUCUUGUAUGUGUUAUGUUUUAAAAAGUACAAAAUUAUAUAUUGUAUACAAUAUUAUUA